GCCCCCGCACGCCCCAGCGCCGCGCGGCCGCGCCCCCGCUAGGCCCCGCAGGCGCGGCCCGGCCCGGCCAUGCCGGCCAAGAGGAAGCCGGUGCUGCCGGCCCUCAACAUCACCCCCAGCGCUGCCGAGGGGCCGAGCCCCGACGGCUCUGCCGAGGCAAACCUGGUAGACCUUCAGAAAAAGCUUGAGGAACUAGAACUGGAUGAGCAGCAGAAGAAGCGCCUGGAAGCUUUCCUCACGCAGAAAGCCAAAGUGGGUGAGCUGAAGGAUGACGACUUUGAGAGGAUCUCCGAAUUGGGGGCUGGCAAUGGCGGUGUGGUCACCAAAGUGCAGCACAAACCCUCAGGGCUCAUUAUGGCACGGAAGCUGAUUCAUUUAGAAAUCAAACCGGCCAUCAGGAAUCAGAUUAUCCGAGAGCUGCAGGUGCUGCAUGAAUGUAACUCCCCGUAUAUCGUGGGUUUCUAUGGCGCCUUCUACAGCGAUGGAGAGAUCUCCAUCUGCAUGGAGCACAUGGAUGGUGGCUCUUUGGAUCAAGUGUUGAAAGAAGCCAAAAGAAUUCCCGAGGAGAUCUUGGGGAAAGUCAGUAUAGCGGUUCUGAGAGGCUUGGUGUAUCUGAGAGAGAAGCACCAAAUCAUGCACAGAGAUGUGAAGCCUUCUAACAUCCUGGUUAAUUCUCGAGGAGAGAUUAAGCUGUGUGAUUUUGGGGUCAGCGGUCAACUCAUUGACUCCAUGGCAAACUCUUUUGUGGGAACUCGGUCCUACAUGUCUCCUGAGCGGUUGCAGGGCACCCACUACUCUGUCCAGUCCGACAUCUGGAGCAUGGGUCUGUCGUUAGUGGAGCUGUCUAUUGGAAGGUACCCAAUCCCCCCGCCAGACUCCAAGGAACUGGAAGCAAUAUUUGGCCGUCCUGUGGUGGACAGGGCAGAGGGAGAGUCUCACAGCAUCUCGCCGUGGGCCAGGCCCCCAGGACGCCCCAUCAGUGGCCAUGGGAUGGACAGCCGUCCUGCGAUGGCCAUCUUUGAACUGCUGGAUUAUAUAGUUAAUGAGCCACCUCCCAAGCUGCCGAAUGGGGUUUUCACGCAAGAUUUCCAGGAGUUUGUAAAUAAAUGCUUAAUUAAAAAUCCAGCAGAACGGGCAGAUCUGAAGAUGCUGAUGAGUCACACCUUCAUCAAACGCUCUGAAGUGGAGGAGGUGGAUUUUGCCGGCUGGCUGUGCAAAACGCUGCGGUUGAACCAGCCCAGCACACCCACCCGUGCUGCCAUGUGAGGGCCGAGCUGACCGCCUGGUGUCAGUACAUCUGCCUCUGUCACCAUUUCCUCUCCUUCAGUAAAUGACAGAACUGCCUUCCUUCUUCCUCCCUGACCCCUUCUCGCUGUCCCCUCAGAAGCGUCUUUAUUGGCCGACCCCCAGCCAAAGUGGGGUUGGUUUCUCUUGAUGUGAGGGUGUUCCAGGCCUCUGCUCCAGCUCUGGAGCUCCUGACACUUGGGAAAUGUGGUGCUGCUUAUGUUAAUUUUUCUCUUUUUUUUGGAAAGUGUUCACUUGGGUUAAAAAAAAAAAUAAUUGUGUGUGUGUGCAUGCUUGCAUGUGUGUGAGAUGGUGGCAGGGGAUGGGGAUGAGGGACCGUGCAGCGGGUGCCUCACCUCCUCCCUGGUUUUCACGUGGGCUCUGGGGUGGAGAAAUCUGUGGGGCUAGGAAUGGAGAAAACCCUGUCUAGGGUGGCCCAAAAGGGUGUCCCUGUCCUGCCCGGGGUGGCCAGGGAUGAGGUAGGUGCCCUCUGCAGUGGGCAGGAGGUCUUGCGGGGUGAUUUAUGGCUGAGCUGGAGAAGAGUGUAGCAGCACCCAUCUGUGGGUGGAGGAGAAGAGAUUUGUGUUUUCUUUGUUUUUCUCUUGAAACUGUUGUUUUAAAGCCUGUUCUUGUCAUGCACUGGAUAUGUAGUGAAGGGUCUUGAUCUGCUGAGCACAGGUCGAGCUCUCGGCUUGCAACAGGAAGGAAUCUGGUGGGGGCACAACUGUCUCCCCUGGGACCGUGGCUCUGUGGCAAGCUGUGGCUCGCACCUUUAGGUGCUGAGGCAAGGGGAGAGCACGGGCUUUCCUUUCCUGGCUCCUUCCAGCGCAGAGAGGCGGGAGGCAGGUUGUCCACUGUGGCCAGGGCAGAGCUGGGCUAACCUGGGAGCGGGGUCUCUCUUGACCCUGGGGAGGGUGAAACCCUUCCAGGCUCCAGGUUUCCCCCUCCAGCUGCCUCUCACUCAUCCCACAAGUGGCUUCAGCCAUCGUGGCUGUAGCAGAGCCUCAGGGCUCCCCAUGGGAGCCCCCUGGAGCCCCCCCUCAGCUGGGAGGUGUGGGGUGCCUAGGCUGGGCACUGCAGGGAGGGGAUGGACCCCCUCAGUGAGACCUACGUUGUCUCAAGGCCACCCGACUGUGGCUGAUGGUCCCUCCCUGCACAACACCUCCCUGUCACGUUCCCCCCUCCCCGGGAAGGACCUUGCCAAACCCCCGGGGCCCACAGUGGCUGCGGCCCCAUGGCUGUGAGGGCUGAGCCCCCAUGGAGUGGCCAGAUCCAUCCCUGCCGGCACUGGCUGCGCUGUGGGGGUGGCAGCUCCCCACUUUCCACCACAUGGGUAUAUUUUUAGGUGAUGUGUUCCCCUGCUCCCCUGACGUGGGGCUCUGUGAUCCCCAAGCCCCCCAUGAGGAGAUGAUAUUUGGAAGUUCGGUGGGAUUUUUUUGGGGUGUGUUUUUUCUUCUUUUUGGGCUGUUGUUGUGCGUGGGUGUUUUUAGUUUGGUUUUUUUUUCCUCCAUUGGGCUGGCAGGUGACACCCCGUCUGCCUGUGCUCAGGUCCCACCAUGGCAGCCCCCCAAAAGCAAGCACCUCAGCUUAGUUACCCCAAACCCCUUGUACCCUUCUCUUUCCCCUUCCCCAGCAAAGGGUGAAGGUGCUGCUCCUGCUUGGGGCAAGCACCAGGGGCAGUUGAGUCCCCCCAUGGCAAACCCGGGGCGGGGAGGCCCCCAAUUUGGGGGGGGGUGGGGGGGGGUGGGGGGUGGGUCCUACGCUUGCUGGCUCAGCUUGUGCCUGGGCAAGGCACCCUGGAGCUGCGGGGGUGCUCAUCGUUAGGGUUUUUGCCUCUUAACUUAAGUGGGAGGUGGGAAACGGGGACAGUUCGUAAAGAUUUAGGAUAUUUUCAGUUGGUUUUGGGUGCUGGGGUUUGGAGGAAGAGGAGGCGAAAGCGUAUCGAGUGUUUUAUCGUUCCAAUUUUUUUUUAAACCUCUAUUUUCAUCAUGGGGGGGAAUAAAUGGCACUUUAUGUUUACAGAC